UCAAACCCCAAAGAGGUAGUAUUUAUGUGAGUAUACUGGCAAUUCAUUUUGCUAAAUUAAAAAGGCUUGAUGUCAUCAGCCUGAGAUUGAAGUAAUAUUUUACAACAUUAAAAAGUUAGAGCAAAAUCAGUUGUUUACAAAAAAAUAUUGACACGUUGAACAGGUAAUCUGAAUAUACUUAAAUAACAUCGGACGAAUUAGCAAACAUUCUGGCCUUGAAAAUUUUGAAGAGCUCACGUUAAUAAUAUUUCUUAGUAAACAUCCAACUCAAACAUCGCUUAUUUAUUAUCAGAAAGAGGAGGGAGACAUCUGGUAACAAUCAAAAGAUAGCAGCAGUGUGGAAUGCAGGAUACAUCAGCCUGUACCAAGCACCGAUUGAUUUGGUUAAGUAAUCAUUUAACGAAUAUUGUAUCAAUUGGGAAGUCUGGGACUUCCUAUUGCAACUAUCUAACCUUCCCAAUAAUAAUCAACAAUUCUAGGACAGUUUGUCAAAUGGCAAACACCAAUUUAAGAGGCUGAAUUGUUAAAAAAAUAUAUAUAUCAAAUUUUACUUUUAAAAAACAGAGGAUUUGUUGUUGUUUUUUGUUAUCAAACUAUUUAUCAGAGAUAAUAUACUGAUAAAAAUACACUUGAUAAUCUUCAAUACUGUGACAAUUCUCUGAUAAGUAACCUACUGAUUUCUUUCACAAUUGAAUGAUAACAGUUUAAAAUACAUUGCAAAAAAUUACUCACCACUAAAGAAGAACGAUGAUAAUCCAGUGAACAGGCUCCUGGGCACUAAAAUCAACAGUGGACCACAAUAUUUAUAACCUGACAACUGUAAAUUUGAGGUUUAUACACAGAACUUGACUAGAUUCGUACAAUACCACCAUAAAUAGACACACAACGAAAAAUUUGUUAGUAGUUGAGACUUCACCUCAAGAGAAAAAACCCGCGCACAUCCCAGAUGUUAUAAGAGCUGUAGUAUAUUUCAAAAUAAAUGAUUGGACCCACAGCUGACGAGAUAAAGGUAAGGGGAGGGGAUAACGCGGGAGUGGUUUACCGACCCCUGCUGCCAUCUUCUACCGCCAACUGGAACCUUCAACGAAUUCCAACUUUUAAGCAGUGCUGGCCACAGGGUAGACGAAUCCGGACAAUUGCCCAGAGAAGCCAGGCUUGAAGUGCCAACCAAAGAUCGGGACACGCUGCCUAAGUGGUAUGGGCAUGUCAGAAGAAUGACGGAGGAAUAUUGGCCGAGCCGAGUCCUGGAUUGGGUUCUGCCAGGGAAGAGAGGACGUGGACAGCCCAGAAGCAGGUGGAUGGAGAGGGUCCAGGAGGAAAUGGCGGGUCAAGAUCUGGAGGAAGAUGAUUGGUGAGACAGAAGCACGUGGAGUUCUGCGCUGACUAUGUGCGGCAACCCUUAGAUGGAAUGACUAAAAAGUAUAGGAAACGAUGCAGCACUCCACUUCAAAGAAAUAAUUUUCCUGUGGGGGACUCAGAACUAGAUGAGGAGGAUGACGAAUCUGGGAGUUUCCUGAAUCCAUUCAUAAAGUAAGAAUCGGAAUAAAUCAAAGUUUCACUGAGAGGGGAAAGAGACUGAUUGGAGGUGGGGCAGCAAGAAAGUCUUGGGAGAAAGGUGGGGUGCUCUUCCAGUAGCGGGCCUGACACCAUGCCGGUAUCAACAGUCUGAAUUCCCUUCUGCCAGAGAACAUUGUUCGACAUCGU